GGCGGCCGAGAGUUGCCCGUUGAGCGGGGCGGCGGCGUCUCCUCCUGGCCUCGGGCGCGGAGGAUCAUGCCAGGCGGCUUCUACCAUGACAGACCCUGAAAGGAGCCCCUUCCAUUCCGCAGAGGACGAGAUCAGCUACUGGAAGGAGCUCUCGGGCAAAUACAAGCAGUGCGUGGAGAGCGCCCAGGAGGAGCUGCGGGAGUUUCAAGAGGGCAGCCGCGAGUACGAAGCCGAGCUGGAGACACAGCUGCAGCAGCUGGAGACUCGAAACCGGGACCUGCUCUCAGAGAACGCCCGGCUGCAGAUGGAGGUGGAGACGGCCAAGGAGAAGAUAGCCAGCCAACAUGCCGAGGGGCACCGGCAUAUCUCGGCCCUGGAGGAAGAGCUGGGCCAGGUGAGGGCCGCCCGGGACCAGCUGCAGAAGUACAUCCGGGAACUGGAGCAGUGCAACGAUGACCUGGAGAGGGCCAAGAGAGCCACCAUCAUGUCCCUGGAGGACUUUGAGCAGCGGCUGAACCAGGCCAUUGAGCGCAACGCCUUCCUGGAGAGCGAGCUGGAUGAGAAGGAGACCCUGCUGGAGUCGGUGCAGCGGCUGAAGGAUGAAGCCAGAGAUUUGCGCCAAGAGCUGGCCGUGCAGCAGAAGCAGGAGAAGCCGAAGGCCUCGGUGGGGGGCUCCCUGCAAGACGGACGGACGGACACAGCCAUGCAAGCCUCCUCCUCCAGGCCAUCGACCCCGGGGGUCCCCCAAGGGCCAAGCAACGGAUUCAAUACCCCAGGAGCCUUCAGGAGACGUUUGGAGAAUGGCUCUGGUGCAACCCCGCUUACGCCAGCCGCACGGAUAUCCGCACUGAACAUCGUGGGGGACCUCCUGCGGAAAGUCGGGGCCCUGGAAUCCAAGCUGGCCUCCUGCCGAAACUUUGUCUACGACCAGAGCCCCUCCCGACGCCCAGCGCCCCCUCCUCCCUACUUGGACACCUUCGAGAGGCGGCUGAGCAGCCCCCAGGGGCCGGCCAAAAGACUGGACUUAGGCACACGGCCAUCCAACCUGGCAGGGCCGGCGAGCCUUCCAGCCCAGAGGGCAGCCCAGGUGCUCUUCUGAGGGACUUUGGGGCCAGCCGGCGACGGGGGAGAGAAGCCGUCUGUGUCUGGAGGACGAGGGAGCCUGUCUUGGGUCCAGCCGGCUGAAGGGCCACAUCAAGAACCUUGCAGGAGAGCCGGAGACGGUUCUCUUUGCCCAGCCAGGAGGCUCUGCUUUCCUUGCCGGGGAGACUAGAGCCCCCCUCUGGCCCUGGCUGCCUUCCUGCCUCCGGAUGGGCCCCCAGAGCCCCUUGAACGGAGAAGGAGGAGAAGAAGGAGAAGCCUCUUCUUCAUCUCUUCCUUCUGGAGAAGCCUCCAGGGAUUCUGAGCCCAGCGUUUCUGGACACCACAAGUGUCUCUUUUGGGCCUCUGAAGCUGCGGCCGGCCUGGCCAAGGAGGAGCCUUUCCCGAAGCGCCUGCUGAGCCCCUGAAGUGCCCCCCAGGGGGCUCCCUCUGACGCUGCUGGGGGCCGUUGGCUGGGAAAGGGGGUUGGGGUCUCAGGUAGCUCAGCAACAGCCGUUCUGCCUUAUUGGAUGGCUUCUCUUGCUGGGAGCGCAGGGAAUUCAGGGGCCCCGGCAGAGAAAUCUUCUGGAACAAAAAAAGGACAAGCUCCCCUCCUCCUCAGCCGACAAGGCCUUGGGGUGAUGGGCGUUGUAGUCCAACCCAUCUGGAAGUCUGCCAUUCAAAGCUUUUGCCCUGGUGCCUUCAUCCUCUCCCCCCUUUAAGCUGGGGGCUUUUCACCCAGGCAGCGGAUGAGAAGUUUCUCUGGGGAGAAUCCCUGAGGAGGCUCCGAUUGCCACUUGAGGGGAGGGGGCCUUUUGUGCACCGGGAAAGGGGUCUAGUAGGAUUAUUAAACUGGUUUGUCAUCCAAAA